CGGUUUUAUAAACUGAUUUAUUUUAGGUCAGGUACGUACAAGUCUCGAAUCCUAGUUCGAGUCCUCGGUCUUUUAUUUUGAAGGGCCGUGCGAGAAGUCGGUGCCAUUCAAGGGGGAAGGGAAAGGAAACUUCAAGCGUUCAGUAGGAGUGGGAGUGGGACCAUGCCGCUGGACGAGGCGGAAAGGUGACGGAGAAGAAACCUGCAGCCUCUCUUGAAUUGAAUCAGAGGACUUCGGGAAGUGAAGGGGCGCAAUGGAAAACCCCUGGAGAUGGGGGGUGCUGGAGACACGAUGGGAGCUGCUGAGAAACUCGCUGUUGCUUUCUUUAAUCUCAGGAAGAAGUCAAGCCCAGUGUGAAGGCUGCAUCGAGUACUGCUGCGAUGGAUCGCCGCCCUUCUGCUGCUCCUACUAUGCUUAUGUUGGUGAUGUGCUCUCGGGCACUGCCAUCUCUGGUAUCGUGUUUGGCGUCGUGUUUCUGAUGGGAGCGGUGGCAGCCCUGUUCCUGUGCGUGUGCAUGUGCAUGAAAAAUGGACGUGGCGCGCGUGUUGGCGUAUUCAGCACAUCCUAUAUCAACACGGUGACGCAGGGCUACCCAGGGCCUCCGCCUCCGUACACCUAUGACUAUGAGAUGUUUCCUGCCCCUCGGCACCCACCGCCGUACACGCCAGCUCAGCCAGGACCGGCCAGCUACUCCCCUCCUCCUCCAUACUCAGGAAGCAAAUGAAAGUCUGGAAAUUCCUCCCAGAUACGGAUUGAAAUCUUUGGGGGGGUCCAAGGUGCAAUUACAUUCAGAACCUUCAGGUAUUAAAUGCAACUGGAAUUGGACCAGAUUUGGGUCAGGGAGCUUAUGCUCACAUCUCAGCAGCCCAGCUGCCGCCCCUCCGUCCUGCUAAUAUCCCCUGUCUUCAUUAUUCGCUGGCGGGGGGGCACUUCAAACACCCCUCUCACUGGGAUGCGUUACUUGAAUGGUCUUCAUGGGACGGCCGAUCGGCUCUGGUUUGAAUUCAUGUAUGUGUAAUGACUUAAUUUAUGAUUGUCACAUGAACACAGCGUCAGAAGAAGAGUCUGAAUGUCCUCAGAGGAACCACUUGAAUUGUGUUCAUUGAGAAAUGUUAUUGUUUCCAGCAGAA